CUCAAACACAAGAUGUGAAACGCUCUCAACAGAAAAAGGGUAAAUCGGUCAAUCGUACUAAUACGGCCUGCAAGACUGCAACACAGUACACAACUUGGCAGAGGAAAUUGGGAACGUGCUAUUUUCUCCUUCAUUCUUCACCAUUUGCGCUCACUCCUCACUGUUGGGCGUGAGCUCGUUCGUACGCACACAAACAACACGCGCCCUUUAAUUUCUCUCGCAAUCGCUUCUAGAGUAAAAGGGCUCUAAUCCUUGGCCACUGUGAGAAAAUAGAUUAAAUCUCCAAAGCUGUUUCAUUAUUCCUCAUCAAAUCAGCAUUACUUAACAUUAUUUUCCUGCACUUUGCUUGACUUUUCAUCUAUAGAUUUGAACUCCAGAGAACGUAAAAGGACAAAAACAGACACUGGAAAUGGUUACUCUGCUACUUGGCGAUCUCAAUAUGAUAGGAAAAGAAGUUACCCUGUUUCCCGUGUUGUAGAUUAUUCGGAUCCAUUUUCCGUUAAUGACAUACUGGUUGAGUUGGAUACGGGCAAAUAUGGAAGUGUGACUAAAGAAAUACUGAAGCUUGUCGAGCGGAGGAGACUGUUAAUGGAUUGCCUCUACUCAAAUAAUGCUGAACUGUGGUCAUCAUGUCCCGAUUUGCAAUCAACUGUGCCAAAGUCAACUGAAGUGGUUACUUGUGAUGUCAUUGACCUAGACGAUGAUCAGGAUGAUGAAAGGCUUGCACUUACGAGGUUUGUUCCAACAGAAGAGCAAUCUUCUCUUGCUAAUCCUGUUGUGAUCAUCGAGUCAGACGAUGAGAAUGAUGGUAGGAGUGAAAGCUUUAGGUCUUCGUAUCAGGAAUUGAACCUGAAGCCUACUGGAAACACUCUCAUGGGAGACAUUGCGGAAUCAAAGUUGCCGAAGCUUUCACUCUACCAGGAACUGCACUUGGAGAAGCCUGCUGGAAGUCUUCUCAUGAAAGACUUUGUGGAUUUCAAUGCGAAGAAGCUUUCUUCCUAUCAGGAACCGAACACCAAGAAGGCUUCAGUAAAUCGUAUCAUGAAAGACUCUGUGGAAAGGAAUUCUGGUAGAAGCAAAAGUUCUCAAGGUGCGGACCAGCUGGUUGCUGAACAAACUGAGUCAAAAAGAGAUAAAGGUGAAUAUGUUGAACAAACUGAGUUAACAAGAGAUAAAGGUGAAUACGUUGGCACUGAUGAAGAGGACAGUGACGACCCUUCUGAUACUAACUCUGAUGGCCUGGGUGAGAUAUGGAAUGAUAUGACAUUUGCCUUAGAGUGUUCAAAGACUGCUGAUGAAGAUCCUCUGGAUGAAUACAAUGCUGAAGAUGAAGAAGAGUGUGAGCAUUCUUUUAUCCUGAAAGAUGAUAUUGGAGAUGUAUGUCGUAUAUGUGGGGUCAUUAAGAGAGGAAUUGAAUCAAUAAUCGAGUUUAAUUUCUCAAAGGCUCCAAAGAGUACUCGAACAUACAGAUACGAAGGACGAGCCAGCCGUGACAUUGACCCCACCAACACCUUGCCAGACGGGGUCAAAUCAUCCGAGAUAGACUUCACAGCAUCCGAAAUACACCCUCACCCGCGCCACAGAAAGGAGAUGAAGCCCCACCAAUUAGAGGGCUUCAACUUCCUUGUCAGCAAUCUUGUCACUGAAAAUCCCGGUGGAUGCAUUCUGGCCCAUGCCCCUGGCUCGGGCAAAACCUUCAUGAUCAUCAGCUUUCUACAGAGCUUCAUGGCUAAGUACCAAGCCGCUAGGCCCUUAGUCGUGCUCCCCAAAGGCAUAGUCUCCACUUGGAAGAAGGAAUUCGCCAGGUGGCAAGUCGAGGACAUUCCCCUUUACGAUUGUUACUCGAUGAAAGCCGAUAACCGUGCACAACAGCUCGAGGUUUUGAAGGAAUGGGUUAAAGAGAGGAGUAUAUUGGGCGAUAGUCUGGACGAGCUUCCCGGGCUUGUUGACUUCUCCGUUUAUCUCGAUUUGAGCCCUUCGCAAAAAUCCGAGGCUAAAGAGCUGAUGCGGACUCUUUCCAGAAAAUUCUCGAUCACUUCACGGGGAAGUGCUGUUUAUGUACACCCGAAGCUUAAGGACUUGGCGAAGAAUUCGGAAUUGAGAGAUAGAGUCGACGAGGCGAAAAUCGACGAGAUUUUGGCGAAUAUUAACCUGAGAGAAGGCGUGAAGUUAAAUUUCUAUCUGAAUCUCCUCCAGCUUUGCGAAUCAAGCGGAGAGAAAAUUCUCGUUUUUAGCCAGUACCGUUUGCCCCUCAAAUUUCUCGAGAUGGUAACUGCAAAAGUGAAAGGCUACAGCUUGGGAAAGGAGAUGUUCACUAUCACUGGCGAUUCGCAUUGCGACUCGCGCGAAUCUUCAGUGGAGAGUUUUAACGAGUCACCUGAAGCUCGAGUUUUGUUUGGCUCGAUUAAGGCUUGUGGAGAAGGGAUAUCGCUUGUGGGGGCCUCACGGAUUAUUAUAUUAGAUGUUCAUUUGAACCCAUCUGUUACUCGACAGGCUAUUGGUCGGGCUUUUAGGCCGGGCCAGGUGAGGAAGGUUUACACGUACAGGCUGAUAGCUGCGGGCUCGCCUGAGGAGGAAGAUCACGAAACUUGCUUUAGGAAGGAGUUGAUUCCUAAGAUGUGGUUCGAGUGGGAUGAGUCGAGGGGAAAUCAGAAGUUCGACAUGGAGACUGUUGAUGUGAAUGAUUGUGGAGAUAUGUUUUUGGAAACUGCUCGACUGAAGGAGAAUGUGGUUGCUCUUAAGAGAAGUGGUUUAAGCUGUGCUUUGGCUGUUGAGUCCCUGGAAACUUGCAAUAUUGCUAAAGUUAUGGGUUUUUCUUUU